UGCGCAGUGACUGUGCAGUGACGGUGCAAACUCAUUCGAAAGCAAACGUGCUCUGUGAGCUAUCGUUCUGUGGACUAAAAUGACUCACUUUUCUAAAGGAUCCGAAAAGCCUGUCUCAAAAACAGAUGGCCUCCGCCUCUACAGUAUGCGAUUUUGUCCUUACGCACAGAGAACACGACUAGUGCUUGCAGCAAAAGGGAUUGAGCACGAGUGUGUGAACAUCAACUUGAAAGACAAACCAGAAUGGUUUUUCGAGCUGAACCCCGUUGGAAAGGUCCCAGUGAUUGAGCUGCCUGGUGGAAAGGUUAUUUACGAGUCUGCAAUAUGCUGUGAUUUCCUAGAAGAUAUGUAUCCAGGAAAGACAAAUUUGUUUCCGAAGGAUCCAUUUGAAAAACACAAGCAACGAUUACUGGUUGAAGUUCUGUGUAAUAAGCUCACAUCUGCCUUUUACAAAUCUAUACGGGGUGGUGAUGAUGCCAAAGAGGAACUAUACAAGCAACUGGCUGCGUUAGAAAAAGAACUCAAAGAGAGGAAUACAAAAUUUAUUGGAGGUUCAAGUCCCAGCAUGGCAGACUAUCUCAUAUGGCCAUGGCUUGAACGGCUCUAUCUAAUGACUGACCACUUUAAGACUGACUUGGGUAAGUUCCCAGUACUCUCAGCUUGGUGCGCGGCCAUGAGUGACGUGCCUGCAGUGAAGGAAUGCAGUUAUCCAGCGGAAUGGCACAAAAAAUUCUUAGAGGGAUACACUACUGGCAAUGCAGAGGCUCAGUUGUAUGGCAUUGAAGAGAAAGUGUAAACAGGCUUUCAAAUCACGUUCGUAUUUUUAACGUUGCUCCUUUCCAGAACUAAAAGGAGAAGGAUAGAAAACCGUAAUGAAAGCAUUGAAAAUAUUUGUCACGUAGUUGUCUUCCACUGUGCUUGUCACCCCUUGCUUCACAUUACUUUCGGGGGCCGUUAAAAGUAUAUAGUAAAAUUUGAUGCUUUGAAUGAAACAAAGAUAGUGUGAAGGUUUUGCAUAUUAAUUGAAAAUUGUUUUUGCGGCUUCUUUAAGCUUUGAUGCUGAAAAUACUGUUCAAACUCCAAAACUGAAGGCUGUCACACUGAAGUUCCGACAACAAGAUGACAUGUUAAUUGUGGGUUAAAACUUUUUUUUUUUACCAUAUAAAGAAUACAUACGUAAAUGCACUUACAGUAACUUGUACGUAUCUUGUUCCGUGUUGCUAUAUUCUCCAUGCGGGGUCUGUAGAAUUUUAAUUCUGAAUAAAACAACAGAUCAUG